CCACUGUGGGCUUUAUUAAAGAAGGUUUACUAUUUAAAUCUAAAUUAUAAGUAAACAAAUAUACAGCAAUUAAAUACAAAAAUUAAAUCGUUUUGUCUGUUUACUCGUCGUCUCGCGACAUCUUGUGGUUCGACUUGAACAGCGCAGGCGGGAGGACAGUCAGAGUUGAGCAGCUCUCGCGAGACUUGAGUGGUCCAAAGGUUUUCCACUAUGGUUUCCACUCAAAACAAACAGCUGCUGGAAAAGUUGGUUUUAACCCCAGAAAGUUGCUUCAUUCUGCCGGCAGCGAUGAAGAUGAGAGACAGCUGAUGUGCUCUGCGGAGGAUGAAGAUGAGGGCGAUGAAGCUGAGGGUGAACCACAGCCAGCUGCUGUUCCUGUCCAGAGAGGAAACAUCUGGAAACUUCCAGAGAGAGGGAGCGCUGAGAGUCGGACGACAGGAGAGAGAUCUCUGUGAGAGGUUCUGUCGGCUGAGAGGAAACCUGCUCUUCAUCCUGAAGAAACAGGGUGGUAAACUAGAGGAGGUUCUGCUGUUGGAGAGAUGUGAAGUGAUGAAGCUUCCAGGUGACAACAGACGACUGGCUGUCAUGUUUGACAGUGGUGACCCUCCGGUGUUCCUGGAGUCGAGCAGCUCUGCAGAGUGUGUGUCGUGGCUCCUCGUCCUGAAAGACGCCAACACAGAGUCGUUGAGGCGACGCAUCACACACCUCCGCACGCUCAUCAACACACACACCACCGCCGGGCAACACACACACACUGCUGCGACGUGCAGCGGGGGAGAUGAAAACCUGGAACAUGCUGGAGGUGGAGUCGUGUCUGCUUCUAAAGUCUCUCCACUGCACCUUAGUGUAGAGUUUCGAGGUGUGGUUGCCGUGGCAGCCAGCAGAGUCAAGGUACAAGUGUGUGUGAUCGACACACACACUCACACAAUCAGGAAACACUGCUGCUGCAAGAUAGUGGAGGGACCGGAUGACAGUGUGUUCCUGACAUCAGUGUGUUUCGGUGGCGACUACCCACUUUAUCAUCACAGCAGGAUCAAAGUCACCGUUUACCACGCAGAGGAGCCAACGACACACACCACAGUAAGUGUGUGUGUGUGUGUUUGUAAGCAGGGAGAGAACAGCUCCUCUGCUGGACAGAGGAGCUUCCUGGGUUUCACCUCCUUCUCCAUCAGAGAUCUGCUCAGGUCCAAAGAGCCUCACAUCUCCCUCAGCCUCAGGACGAUGGAUGGAGUGAACGAGGUUGGGGAGGUGAAGGUGUCCUGUCUGCAGAUGGAAGGAGAAACUCCUCCCGAACACAAGUGUCCUGCGCUGUGUGACAGUCUGCACAGCUCCGUCCACGACAAAGAAAACAGUCCAAUGAUGAGAGCUGUGCUGUGUGCUCAGGUGUGUAAGGUGUACAGGUUCCAGACGGAGGAUCAAAGAUGGCUGCUGGUCCGGGAACAGAUGUCAGAGACGCCGCUGUCUUUUUAUGUACCUAAACAGCUACUGAAAGUGCUCAUACACAACCACACCAGCAGGGUCCAGGAAGUGAAGGAUCUCGGUGACCUUUCACCCCACUGGGACGGGAUCCGCCACGAUGUCAUUAACCACUGUCACCACCUGAUUGGCUGCUAUCAGGAAACGCUUGCUGAGCUCGACAAACUCUCAGCUUCAUCCUGUUUUAAGUCGAGCGGCAGUAAAUCAGACAAACACCUUCAGUUUGUUCCGACCAACCUGCAGUCACAGAGGAUGGAGGUCACCAACCCGGGCAGCACAGGUGUUUGGUAUGAGGUCAUAACGUUCGGUGCUCCGUCUGAUCACCACCAGGCCUUCAAACAUGGAGGACUGAAGAGGCUGCUCAGCAAACACACGAACCUCAGAGACAGCUCUGUCUCGUACUCUCAGGAUGAGAGCUCCAGAGCGAAGGAGUUGCUGGCCAGCGUGGCCCAGCUGCAGCCCCUUGUCUUCGGGCUCGCUGAGGAGCUGCUGGCCGUCUCUCUGGAGCUGAACGCCGCCCGCCUGCAGCAGGUCCUGGACAGCCUGACUCAACAGACGGAGCAGUUCGUUCACGCACUCAAAGACGAGCUGGUGAAGAGCGCCCUGUUGGCGAUCCACAACCAGUGCGCAGCCAGCUGCAACAGCAGCCACGUCCACAGCAACGGGCUGCUCUGUGAAAACACGCCAGUCAAUCAGGAGGGGCAGGCAUCGCAGGGGCAACAGGAUGCAACAGGACGGGAUGCAGAGUACGAUGAGGAGGAAUGGGACAGAGCGUGGGCGAACGUCGCCAUGAGCCUCAACUGCAUCAUUGCGAUGGGCGACCGGCUGCAGGGGCGGGAGGACCGCCCUCGGGAGAUGACAUCAUCAUCAGAGCAGCAGGAAACCACAGCAGACACAAACUCUCAGAACACCGCUUCCUCCUCCUCCUCCUCCUCCUCCUCUUCCUCCUGGCAGGAGCAGCUGCUCCCCCUCGUGGUCACUCUCAGGGAUUGUGUGCGUGAGGCAGUGGGGAAGGCCCGAGCCGCCAUGACCUUUGUGGUCCUGCAGGGGGCGGUGGCCACAACCAUCGCCCAGGGACCUCUUCACAUUGUCCAGAGACGCCACGCUGUCUUCAGCCAGGCGCUGUCAGCAGUAGUGUGCGGUUUCAUGUUGAAGCUGUAUGGAGGUCUGGAGGAUCCUGACUUCCUGCAGCAGCUUCACUCUGUCGGACUGCUGGUUCAGUUCGAGGCCCUGCUCAGCACCUAUGGUGACGAGGUGGGGAUGCUGGAGGACAUGGAGGUGGGUGUGGCUGACCUGAGCAGAGUGACAUUCACCGUCACUGAGGCUAAAACAGAAGAACCGGACGACCUGCUUCCGACACUCAGUGGAGCAUGGGGCAGUUUGGUCGUCGAGGUCCCGUUGCUGCCAGAAACCUUCAGGUUGUUGCCACAGGAAGUGAAAGACGGAAGUUGGAUUCGAAUUCAUCCUGUUAUGUUUAACAUUGGAAUCAACCAGCAGCAGAGCCUGGCUGAGAGGUUUGGUGACAGCUCCCUGCAGGAGAGAGUGAACCAGCAGAGCUGCGAGCGUCUCAAAGCGUACUGUCACACACUGACAGACAAAGUGCCUCACAUGGCUGGUAUCCAGUCACUGUCGGACCUGCUGUCCUCUCUGGAUCGCAGCGUGGAAACCAGGAAGAGGAAGAACGUCGAGGUUCUCUGGACCGCUGCUACGGUGUGUCGUAGGGUGAACGGUGUGCGUCUGACGAGCUGUAAGAGUGCGAAGGACCGCACGUCGAUGUCGGUGACGCUGGAGCAGUGUGUGUUACUGAGAGAGCGACACGCACUCGGCCAGCAGCACUUCAGCACGGCGCUGGACUGCAUGAGGAGGUCUCGUCUGUCCUGGGGGCAGAUGCUCGGCUGUUACACUCAGCCAGGGAUCACUGUCUGUGGGUUAGAGCUGGCGGAGGGCCCCCCUGGCCUCCAGAGCUCCUGGCUCCCGCAGUGUUUGGCCCCUAAAGCUCCCAGACGGCACCUGUACCCAGUGGCCUUCCUACUGGUGUCCUCUCACCUCCUGGUUCUUUGGUUCAUCCUCAGCCUCGUUAUACUGCUUGCCAAAUACCAGUAGACCAGCACAGACUGGGAACACUGGGCACAAAGUGGACGACAUGGAUGAUUUCAUGUUUUUAUCUCUGAACAAGACAAUUUCCCCGAAAACUCAAAGGGCCUCUUCUUACUUACUGUCUGAACUGGACAAACUUGUUGUAAAUCGCUUGUUUCAGCCUCAUGAACGUCACCUGUUCAGGAGGAGGUGCACGUUCAUCACAUCUGAUCAUCAGCAUCGUCCACGCCCCGAAAAUUCAGCGUCGUCCAGGAAAGUUUCAUUCACCAAAAAAUGAGCAGAGUGAAAAGAAACUGUGGAGCUUCGAGUCCUACUGUCAGAUUAAAUUUGGCAGCAUUAGUCAUCGUGUUUGAGGAUAAUUAGAAAAUAUGAAUGAUACAGCUGCUGGUCAUCAGUGUGGAAACCUAUCCCCACCAAUGUGAUGAAAGAACAAGAUUCUGUAAUUCAUGAUAAUGACAAACGUCCUUUAAAAUAAUUACUUUUUGUUUUUCAUUACUUCUGAAAACAUUUCUCAUUAUUUUGCGGUAAUAAAUCAUUUCAAGUCAAUAUUUUGAGGUACGAAGUCAAUAUUUUUAGGUUCUUACUCAUUAUUUUGAGGCACUAUCUCAUUAUUUUGAGGUACUAACUAGGUAUUUUGAGGUACUUAUUAUUUUGAGGUACUAAGUCAUUAUUUUGAGUUACUAACUAGUUAUUUUGAAGUACUUACUCACUAUUUUUGAAAUACUUUAUCAGUAUUUUGAGAUACUUAUUAUUUGAGAUACUGACUUGUUUGUUGAAAUUUUUAUACCAGCUCAUCUUUGAGAUACUGACUCAAGUUGAGAAAGUUUCUCAUAAUACUAACUUAUGACUGAGUUUUUUUUCACACUGAUGGAAAUGAGCCUCCGUAGCUCAGAUCAGCAGAAGUAAAAGACGAAAUGAUUACACAUGAGGUUAAAAAAAAAAAAAAGCUCAGAUGUUAGACGGUAAACGAUUCAAACGUUUUGUGAGUACAAGAAAAUUGGUGAAUAAAGAAAAUGAUGGUAAGUCAGUGGUACACACUGCUUCACAACAGAUCUGUUGGGACGAGUGUUUUUUACCUGAGGCCAAAGUUGUUCUUCACUGUGCUGGGAAAUAUUUGUUUAUUCAUGAUUUUAUUGUUAUAAUUUAUUUAUUAAUUUUAUUGUAUCUUUUAUUUUCAUCUUUAUUUUUAUUGUUAUCAUUUAUUUAUUUUGUACAAAUGUGUUUUAUGUUUGUCUUCAAAUUAAACAAUGUUUUUUA